UGAAGUUUAAAGAUGGGCUGGUCCUCUGAGUGAUGUCACCCAAAUCCUAUAUGGGCAUUUAUUCCAGCAGCAGAGUACAUCCCCCGUACAUGUCUAAAGCGAGGUUGGUCACCAAAACAAAUGCAGCAUUACGCACGGUAACGUGACAUUGGAGGAGCGACUUUAAUCGCCUUGGACCGUGAACUCUACUCUUUUUAUAUUUAUGAUAUAUUCAGAACUCGGUGUGCGAGUCCGAACUGUCUGGAGGACCUGUGAUGAAGGGUUUGCUAUUUGAGGAGGUUUGUGCUGGUACCGUGUUUCAUGUGGGCUACAUCUGAUUGUACUGAUCCGGAGCGUUACGCGCAACAUAUCUCCAUGCGUUAAUUAAGGACGCCUCCGCGCACCCAGCCUUAGCUGUUUUGGAAAGGAAAGGGGUGCAAAACAACAAACAUGAUACGAAAAGACAAAGCGGCGCAAGCAUGGAUUUAACCCAGUUAAACCCGCUGGUGGAAAACGUUUCCAACGAUGAGAACACCACGGACGCACUGCUUGCCCUGCCACACACUGAGGCAGCCACAGCACUCAUCAUCCUGGUAGUUAGUGUGAUCAUUUUGGUAACCAUUGUAGGUAAUGUGUUGGUGAUUGUAGCAGUCCUGACUAGCCGGGCUCUCCGUGCGCCCCAGAACCUAUUUCUGGUCUCACUGGCAUCAGCAGACAUCCUGGUGGCCACGCUUGUCAUUCCUUUCUCCCUCGUCAAUGAGGUUAUGGGGUAUUGGUACUUCGGAACUACUUGGUGCGCCUUCUAUUUGGCUCUGGAUGUGUUGUUCUGCACCUCAUCCAUCGUGCACCUGUGCGCCAUCAGCCUUGACCGCUACUGGUCAGUUACAAAGGCGGUCAGCUACAACCUGAAGCGGACACCUAAGCGCAUCAAGACCAUGAUUGCUGUAGUGUGGGUAAUAUCUGCUAUUAUCUCCUUCCCUCCUCUUCUCAUGACCAAACAUGAUGAACGGGAGUGUCUGCUGAAUGAUGAGACCUGGUACAUCCUCUCAUCCUGCCUGGUGUCCUUCUUCGCUCCGGGUCUCAUCAUGAUCCUGGUUUACUGUAAGAUCUAUAAAGUGGCCAAGCAGCGCUCCUCCACUGUGUUCGUGGCCAAGAACGGCCUGGAGAGGCAGCCCUCUCAGUCAGAAACCUGUUUCGUCAGGAAGGAUCGGUUUGAAUUAGAGAGCCCUAGUAGCCAAAGCUCGGGCAGCAACCAACAGAGGCAGGGUGAGCUGGAUGACAUCGACCUGGAGGAGAGUUGUUGUCCGACGGAUACGAUUCCCCGCAAUCAUCGCUUUACCAAGAGGAGGAAGGUGGAGGGGUCGGACUGCCUCCCGAAUCAGAACUGCCGCCUCUCCUGGGCUUCGGCCCGGGCGUUACAGCUCUACCCGGAGCAGAAGAACCCAGCAGCGAGACAACAGCUGGCCGCGGCCAACAAGACCAAAGUGGCCCAGAUGCGGGAAAAACGGUUCACCUUCGUUCUGGCGGUCGUGAUGGGGGUGUUUGUACUCUGCUGGUUCCCGUUUUUCUUUACUUACAGCCUGCAUGCUAUAUGCAGAGACAGCUGCUACAUCCCUGGCGCACUUUUCAAUCUUUUCUUUUGGAUUGGCUACUGCAACAGUUCUGUGAACCCCAUAAUAUACACCAUUUUCAACAGGGAUUUCAGGAAAGCAUUCAAGAAGAUAGUAUGCAGAACAUCUAAACGCCUAUAAACACUGAAAGGGUUCCUGGGACAAAAUUGUUUUGCUUCUCCCACCUAAGGCUGGUGGGAAGGAACACCAACUUAGAACUUAUUCUUCUAGGCUGACUGCCUCCCUUCCCCAAAUCAUUUUAAUGUAACUGUUAGCAUACUGAAAACAAAUCCAGUGUUGUGUACACAUUUAACUGUCUAUGAAUAAAAUGUACAGUGGAGCAAAAGAUAUUUUUGCAGUGUUGCAAACCUGAUAUAUGCAUAGAACGUGGUCAGUCAAUUAAUAAUUAGAUAUUUAUGCCAAUUUAGGUAUGCAAAGAUUUAAUUCAAUGGGCCACUGUAUAACAGGUUUAGCAAAAUCAGCUCCUUUGAUAAGAAAUUCCCUGUAGUUGAUCAAUCUUUUAUGCUGCAUCAAACAGGAGUAAAGAGUUGUUUCAGAGUGAAAUUGAAGUCAUGGAUGUAGCUGGAUUCCAGUGCUGGCAGCUGGUUUACAGUCUGUGUUUUGUGUUGAGAUAAACAGAGAAUUAUUCCCCACCAUCUAGAUGAGAAUUAGUAGGGAAGGAAGCCUGCAUGUCAUGGCAAAAAUAAAUCAAACCCUGUGCAAAUGUAGAAUGGUGGUUGAAAUGAAUUAGACACAUCUUUCUUUGUUAGCUGAAGUUAAAGAUCUAGCAAAGCUCUAAGCAGUUUCCUAUCAGUGAAACCCCAAAUGUAGGUACAGUAUGAGUCUAAUCUCACACCCCCACCACACCAUCACACUACCUCACACAAGAACAAUGGCCAAGCUGAGGCCUGUGUGUGCAAGAUCUGUUGGAAAAAUCUGUGUAUUUCAUUUCAGUAGCUCAGUAUUUUGUCAGUAAAUAUUUAAACUUUGGCGGAUUUCAUUUUGCUAUACAGCUGGAUUUUAGUGUGAUGGAGCAAGAAUUUAAGUCUGGGUUCUGUUGUCCUACAAAUGCCUCUUUCAUUGUGGUGCCGAAUUGCAUUUUUAUUCUUUAACAGAUUAAAAGUCUAUGGCAAAAUGAUAAAUACAAACUCACGUCGAUUUGACUGACUGUGACAGUCCUGAACAUGCCAAAGGAUAAGGCUUGUCAUUUUCUAUAUUACAGUAUUUUCAACACUCCCCAUACAGAGAGUAAAACCCAAAGUGAAUUGUCUCUCUUCAUGGGAGGAGAUCAGUGCGUCAUUCCUGGAUCAGCUUAUAUC